AUCGUCGCGCGCAUGGAGCCUCUUAACCAUCUUCACCUUCAUCGGUCCAUGACUCCGCUCCACCCUACUCUUGGAUUUUUGGUCUUCGUCUGAUUGGUAUCUUUCGCUUCCGUCAUCCCUUCCAGUGCAGGUGCCAAUUCCUAUCCCUUCAAUUCUCAGCAGGGCAAAUGGCAUCCAAUCUUCCCAUCCCUGUUCCUCCCCGCACGCCCACUCCUCCCCCCGAUGAUUCUCCCAACCCAUCUAACCAGCAAUCUGGCUUCGAUGUUGGUAACCAUGAUGCUUUGUCUCCUUUAGCGGAGGACUUACCGACUCCGCGAUCGCCUCGGGAUGGAGAGAAUCGUAGUCGGUUGAGUCCUCAGCGGUCUUCCUUCAACCUCAGUCCUUCAGAUGCUACUGGCCAGAACGACAAUGCGUCUGCGGGACCCUUUAACUUCAAGACGGCGACGAUGGCCAAAAGUCCGGUCGUGAAAUCGAAUAUCGGACAGCGGCGCGGACACAAAUACAAGCAUAGCAGUAUCUCCCAUCAGAUAUUUCUCGAGCCCCCGCCGCGAGCACCUCUAGCACUGCCCAAUUCGUUGCCGAUCCCGACCUUGAAGGAAUACCGAACGAGUAUGUCGAAGGAGCAAAAGACGCGAUUUUGGUGGAGUGUCUGCCACAUGUUUGUGGCCGCCUACACUCUCUGGAGUGCGCAUGGGUCGCUAGCGAUGACAGCCCUGUCUCACUUGAUUCUCUUCGAUUCACUUGGGGCGCUACUUUGCGUAGCGGUCGAUGUGUUGGGCAACUUUGAGGUGUGGAAGAGAUCCAGCAUCCGGCAUCCAUUUGGACUGGAACGUGCAGAAGUGCUGGCUGGGUUCGCAAUGUGUGUCCUGCUCCUCUUCAUGGGGAUGGACUUGAUUUCACAUAGUCUUCAGCACUUUCUCGAGUCCUCGGGGCACGAGCCUCACCACCCCCACCCCCACGAGCGCGUUUCGGUAGGAAGCGUGGAUAUCACUGCGUUGCUUGCCAUCUCAUCAACCUUGGUGUCGGCGAUUGGGCUCAAAAACCAUGCCCGGAUAGGAAAAGCCAUGCGUUUUGGAUAUAUCGAAUCGCUUCCGUCGGUACUGAGCAACCCGUCGCAUUUCCUGACCCUCUCCUGCUCUACGCUGCUUCUGCUGCUUCCACUGGUGUCAAUCAAGCUUUAUAAUUGGCUCGAUGUCUUCCUGUCUAGCACCAUCUCCAUCUCGAUGUGUGUCAUCGGCGUGCGUCUGGUCAAGACACUAGGCUCUAUGCUUCUCAUGUCAUACUCAGGCCAAGGUGUCAACGAUGUCAUUCGGGACAUUGAAGCUGACCCAAACGUCCUCGGCGUUGACGAUGCCCGCUUCUGGCAGGUGCAUUAUGGCCUGUGCAUGGCCAAUCUCAAGCUGCGGGUUUCUGGCUCGGAAGAGAACCUCAUCCGUCUCCGCGAGCGUAUCUCCAGCUUGAUCAAGAACCGACUAGGUGGUGGGUAUGGAACUGGCGGCCAGAAGUGGGAGGUGUCUUUGCAGUUUGCGGUUGAGCGGACAUAAAUUUUGCCAUGGUCCGGACCUGUACAUCAAAUCCAUGGUACCUUUUUUUUUCAAUAUACAUGUUUGGACACUGUUUGAGCUUGAGACUAUCGUAUACAUUAUUUUCUAC